AUGCCUCAACUAACUGCUCGAAUAAUGCGACUUCAUAUCUCCUCAUUUUUGCGCUGGACAAGUACUCCUGGAACGCAAGCAAACCGGAAUUUACACAUCUCAUGUCGAGGCAAACCUAUACCUGAGGAAAAACUCUACGAAUACACAAAUGGGGGCUUCCUCAUUAAUGAAAAAUCCCAGUUUGACCGGCGCUAUGUCAAGUUUAGCCUGGAUGCUCUCUGUGAUGUCGCCGCCACAGCUGGAGGCCAGUUCUCUCCGGUCAGAGCUAUUGAGAAGAUGGAAGGCGGUUUUAGCAAGGCCCUUUUGAUGAAAAAGGAAAACGGCAUGGAGAUUGUCGCGAAAAUUGCCUGUCGUAAUGCGGGUCCGCCAGUGUACACUACCGAGCCGGAGGUUGCUAUUCUGAAAUACGUGAAAGGGCAUACAAGUGUUCCUGUCCCCGAAGUGUAUGUAUGGUCUUCUGACCCUAAAAACCCUGUGGGAGCAGAAUACAUCAUUAUGGGGAAAGCGACUGGUGUGCCUCUUUUCAAGAUAUGGGGGGAGAUCUCACUCUCAGAUAGACUAGAGCUCGUCAAGGGACUUACGGUGUUCGAACGCGAGCUCUCUUCUCUGCAGCUGCCUGCAUAUGGUAGUUUGUACCUACGGAGCUUUGGUGGGAGUCUGUCUUCCUCUAAGUCUCUGAGUGUAGAGAUUGACCCAUCGCAGUCAUAUUGUGUAGGUCGUUCAGGCGAUAGAGUGUACGUGCUAGAGGGUGUCGAGGGACCGAAUGUUGAUCUAGGGCCGUGGGAUACGUUGGCAACACUUGGUGCUGCAAUUGCAAGGCGUGAAAUAGCUCGGGUGUUGCAAGGUUUGCCGCCUCACCCAGGGACAUUCUAUCAAGGAAGUUCCGAGGAGAAGACAGGCCUGCUUGAAAGUGUUAUCAGUCUAAUGAAGAUGUUGGACUCAACUUCGAACCCUAGUCUGGCACAGUUGUGGAAACCCGUGGUCUGGCAUACGGACCUUCACAUGGGGAACAUCUAUGUCUCUCCCGAGAACCCAUCUCAGAUCCUUUCCAUCAUUGACUGGCAAUCAAUAUCUUUCCUUCCUCUUUUUCUGCAGGCACGCUGGCCUAUUUUCUUGGAGCCGCCAGAAAACUUUGUUAGGGGGUUUCAAGUGCCAAAACUACCAGCCAAUUUUAGAGAAAUGGAUGAAGAGGACAAACAGCUAGCAAGAUAUGAAUAUCAGCAAGCCAUGGUUGCAAAGGCAUAUGAGGUUUCCACCUAUCUCGAAAACCAAGCCGCUCAUACAGCCAUGACCCUUCCCCGGGUCUUUCGAGAACUAUUCAAGCGCUGCGGUGAGACAUCAGAAGUUGGUAUCCUACCUCUCCGUGCAUGUAUGAUUGAGAUCUUUCACAGCUGGUCAGAACUGGGCUUCACCGGUGAAUGUCCUUACACUUUUAGUGAAGACGAGAUUGCCAAUCAUGACACCCAGUUCACAGACUAUGAGGAUUGGUAUAAGGCCAACGAGAUCGCAAGAAAAUGCCUGGAUACAGACGAAGAAGGAUGGAUAUCUCCCGAAUUGGAUAUAGAAGGGAAGCGCCGGCAGAACCAAGAGCUGUUUGAAAUGUUCGUCGAGCAAAUGUCGGCAGAGAGGCCGCCCGAAGAAGCCCGGCGUAUGUGGCCUUUUGUCGACAACAGCAACAGGUAG